CCAGGCCAAGCUGGACUGCAUAAAGAUUGGUAUGGCCUUAGCUCUUAGCCAAACACCUUCCUGACACCAUGAGGGCCAGCAGCUUCUUGAUCGUGGUGGUGUUCCUCAUCGCUGGGACGCUGGUUCUAGAGGCAGCUGUCACGGGAGUUCCUGUUAAAGGUCAAGACACUGUCAAAGGCCGUGUUCCAUUCAAUGGACAAGAUCCCGUUAAAGGACAAGUUUCAGUUAAAGGUCAAGAUAAAGUCAAAGCGCAAGAGCCAGUCAAAGGUCCAGUCUCCACUAAGCCUGGCUCCUGCCCCAUUAUCUUGAUCCGGUGCGCCAUGUUGAAUCCCCCUAACCGCUGCUUGAAAGAUACUGACUGCCCAGGAAUCAAGAAGUGCUGUGAAGGCUCUUGCGGGAUGGCCUGUUUCGUUCCCCAGUGAGAUGGAGCCUGUCCUUGCUGCACCUGUGCCAUCCCCAGAGCUACAGGCCCCAUCUGGUCCUAAGUCCCUGCUGCCCUUCCCCUUCCCACACUGUCCAUUCUUCCUCCCAUUCAGGAUUCCCAAGCUUGGAGCUGCCUCUCUCAUCCACUUUCCAAUAAAGAGUUCCUUCUGCUCCACUUGUUUCUG